AUGUCUACCGCCGGCGGGACUCAACGAGGCACGCCCAAGACUGCUCGCCCUCAGAUGAGCUUCCCUGAAAGCAGCUCAUCCAGCAUCCCUCGCCCGAAGCUCGAGUCGACCGUCAGCGAUGUCAAUUCGUCCUUGAUGACUAGCCGUGCGAAACAGUCAAAACGCGAUGAGGCCAUACGAAGCAAGAUAGAAAAGGACCUCAACAAGAAGAGAGGUCCCGCGAACCGAUCUCGUCAGACUCGCAAAGCACCGCCUGGGACCGUCCUAGCCCUUCGACCAAACCAAGCUCUGCAGAUCAAACCAACCAUGACCGUCACGGAGGCCGCGCAAUUGAUGGCUGCGAAGCGGGAGGAUUGUGUACUUGUCACCGACGACGACGACAGGAUUGCCGGCAUCUUUACCGCGAAGGAUCUUGCGUUUCGAGUAGUUGGUGCUGGUCUGAAGGCUCAGAAUGUGACCGUUGCCGAGAUCAUGACGAAGAAUCCCCUAUGCGCGAAGACAGACACCAGUGGUACCGAUGCAUUGGACCUUAUGGUACGGAAAGGUUUCAGGCAUCUGCCUGUCAUGGACGAGAAUCACGAUAUAUCGGGCAUCUUGGAUAUCACCAAAUGCUUCUACGAUGCGAUGGAGAAAUUGGAACGCUCGUACACUUCAUCCAAGAAGCUCUACGAUGCGUUGGAAGGUGUGCAGGCUGAACUUGGCUCUAGUCAACCCCGGCAGGUUAUUGACUAUGUCGAGGCUGUGAGACAGCGCAUGUCUAGCCCGACACUUGAGUCUGUGUUGAAUGGUCUCCCCCCAGUCACCGUCUCCGUCCGAACGAGUGUCAAGGAAGCCGCACAAAUGAUGAAAGAGAAUCACACAACUGCAGUCCUGGUGCAGGAUCAGGGCCAAAUCACUGGAAUCUUCACGUCCAAGGAUGUGGUUUUGCGUGUCAUCGCAGCCGGUCUCGAUCCUGCCAACUGCAGUGUCAUUAGAGUCAUGACGCCACAUCCCGACUUUGCCCCAAUGGAUAUGAGCAUACAACAGGCAUUGCGGAAGAUGCACGAUGGGCAUUACCUCAACCUACCAGUCAUGAACAAAGAGAACGACGAAAUCGUAGGAAUGGUGGACGUCCUGAAGCUCACAUAUGCCACUCUCGAUCAGAUCAACAGCAUGUCAACGGGAGACAACGAAGGUCCUGCUUGGAACAAGUUCUGGAUGUCAAUGGAGGCUGAAACGGAAUCUAUGAUGUCUGGCGACAACAGCCAUGCACCUCACACUCCCGAUGCUCGCUCACACAUGAUGUCGCCCGACGCUAGCCACCGUAUCAGCCACCUUGAGAGAGGUGAGAGCGUCAUGCCAGGUGACUCGGCGUCCCAUCUAGGGGCCCACGAAGCUGAGGAAAAGUCCGUGCUCGCUGGAGCUAUCGAGGACACGCCGUUUACAUUUAAAUUCAAAGCACCGAGCGGCCGCAUCCACCGUCUCCAAGUUGUAGCGGCGGCAGGCCUAUCCGAGCUGAUCACAGACGUCGGCGAAAAGCUUGGUAACGAGGCUGAAGGUAUCGGUGGCGUUCCGACCUUUGAAAACGGCAAGCUCGGCCACGCCGGGUUUGCGUUGAGCUACAUGGACAAUGAAGGCGACACUGUCUCCAUCACUACCGAUCACGAUCUUUUAGAGUCCAUCACCCUUGCUCGGCGGGCCAACAAGGACAAGGUCGAUCUAUUCGUCCACGAUCCGGAAAAGCCAGCAAUGACGGCCACCGUCGAUCCGCAGCCCGCGAUUCUGCCUCCGAUCCAACCUCCAGAGUCAAUUCGUCGCCGCAAGCAGUAUUCCGACUCGGAGGAGGAGGAAGAGGAAGCGCAAAGCAGUGUUCGCCGAAGAGAGCGAAAGGCCGCGUCGGCUCAGCCUCCACAGCAGGCGGAGCAGUUGAUUCCUGGCGUACCAAACGAACUACUCCUACCAGGUGCGAUUGCUGCUCUUGGUGCUGUGGCAGUCAUCACAUUCGUGGUCGGCCGAUCAAGUAGAUGA